GGCCGGUGUACCCGAGAGAACUGCAAAUAUCUCCACCCUCCCCCACAUUUAAAAACACAACUUGAAAUAAAUGGACGCAACAACCUGAUCCAGCAGAAGACGGCCGCAGCCAUGUUUGCUCAGCAAAUGCAGUUCAUGCUCCCAGGCGCGCAACUACAGCCGAUUACAACAUUUCCUGUGACUCCAUCGCUUGCAACAAGCCCCACGAUGGCUUUUAGUCCCUACCUGAGUCAUGUAUCUCCUGGGAUGGGCUUGGUUCCUGCAGAGCUUUUACCAAAUACUCCUGUUCUGGUUUCUGGAAAUCCUACUGUUACAGUACCAGGAGGCUCUGCUGGGCAGAAACUGAUGCGUACGGAUAAACUGGAG